AUGGGAGAAUCUGACUUCAGGAAUUAUGAUUUAGAUCAACUGCGGAUCGAGCUGGAACAGGAAAAAGAAAUGAAAGAAAUGCUCCAGGUGUCAGUGUCUGAGCUAAGAGGUACCAUGGCAGAUUUGGAGAAGAGACUUCAGAGUGUAGAGGGUGAAGGGAAUGAGUGGAAGACCAGGUAUGAAACUCAGGUUGACCUGAACAGGCAGCUGGAACAGCAGAUCUCUCUUGUACAGGAAAAGCUGGAGGACCUCAGAGGCAAUCCUGAUGACCGAUUAUCUUCGAUACGGUCAUACGAUGGAAUGACCGUGGAUGGCCUGAAGCAACUGCUAAAACAGAUAACCAAUGAAAAGGCAAAUCUGCAGGCCCAGCUGAUGGACUACAGUCUGAAGAUUGUACAGGAGGCAAAGGCUUACCAUAAGGCUAACGAUGAGAGACGUGCUUACCUGGCAGAAAUCACAAAGAUGUCAACGGCUGUGGACAUCAGUAAGAAACAACAGACUGCAAGACCUCAGGGGAUGACGAAUAACCAGCAAAAGAAGUAUGUGUUUUAG